GCCAAUCUACGAUCAGCGGCUGUCAGAAAAAGGCACCGAAACGUAACGACUCUUCUCGACUAGUUUGCAGAGACAUUUGAAAUACAGAAUGACAUCUUUCAUCUAUAUCAACUAUAUUACAGUGACAUUCAUCAUCGCUGCAUCAUUGGCAGGAAACGCAGAGGCGAAAAAUGGACUAUGUCCGAACCCGUCAACGGGUGAAAACAGACGGUACAACGUUGCUACAGAGGUGUGCUGUGGUGGAAACAUAUACCAAGGAGGAAGGGGUAAUCGUCCUCUUUGCUGUGGUGACAGAAUUUACAACCCUAAAGAUGCGAUCUGUUGUGGUGGUGAGGUGAAGGGGAAAUCAGAGGGCGAACGAUGCUGUGGUUUUACACAGUGGUACAACCCAGAUACCUCGAUCUGUUGUGGCUUUCACAUCCAUUCUAAUACAAACGGUCAAUUUGAUUGCUGCGGGUCAGCAACAUACAAUACAGACGAGGAGUCAUGCUGUCCAGUAGAGGAAGAUGGAGAUAUAACCAUGGCAACACUUUCUGGCGUUGGUCAGUGCUGUGGAGACAGAGUUAUUGACCCAAGAUAUGAAAUCUGUUGUGAUGGGGUGGCACACGACAAUAGGGACUCAUUGACCGAGUGCUGCGGUAACUCGACCUACAAUGUCAUGACUGAGAUGUGUUGCAGCGACAGAUUACCUUACAACCCCAGCUCACAACUCUGUUGCCAUGGCCAUGUCCACUCUUCAGAUAACGGAGCUAAAUGCUGUGGAUCCGAAUCGUAUCUGGCUUCUCAGUCAUCUUGCUGUAAUAACAAUCUGUUCCGGGGAAUCCCCGAGUUACCUAAUGUACAAGCGUGUUGCGGAGAUGAGUCCUUCUUCAAGACAAACCACAUUUGUUGCCAGGACACCCUCUACGAGAGAGAAGAAAACGUAGCGUGCUGUGGAGAGGAAACAUACAACUCCUCGAUUGAGUUAUGUUGUGGGUCUAAUGACGAGCCAACCGCCAUCUUGGAGAAGUCAUCCCCGUCUGAGGAGUGCUGUGGCCUGUCAACCUACGAUCCAACAAGCCAAACGUGCUGCGCCAGUCGAAGCUUUGACGAUAUCAUCGAUGGCGAGUGUUGCGGUACUGUUCAGGCCUAUGACCCAUCUCAAGCAACAUGUUGCCGAGGGCUGCUUGAAGAUACUUUGCACCAUGUACCGACUGGUGAAGGUCAAUGCUGUGAUUCACGCAUCCUAUCAGCGAACGAACUCUGUGAUCCUAUCGGGCAAUAUGCUGUUUUCAAAACGAUUGAGACUGAUGAUGCAAUAUGCUUCGAUGUCACAUACAACACUGCAACUCAGGUAUGCAUGGAAGACGGUGGUAUCGAAGUUUUAGCACGGAACCUGGCGGUUUGUGGCAUUGAGAUCUAUGACCCGACAGCGGAGGUGUGUUGCGACGAUUUCAUCAGGGGGCGAUUUGACGAAGAUGGCUACGAAAGGGAGUGUUGUCCAGGAACCAUCAUAUCUUUCAUACCUGCUCUCCAAACGUGCUGCAUGGCAACCGUCCACGAUAUCCCGUCUUUCGAAUCUGGAUGCUGCCGAAACCAUGCCUACAGCACCUUGACGCAUAUGUGUGACCAGAGCGGAACCAUCCGACCUUUAGACGAGGUCGAAGACUACCCAGAGCUCUGCGGGGACAUCCCAUACCAUCCCGAUGAAAACGUUUGCUGUGGUCAACAACUUCUUGGAGCUGGUGAACUAUGUUGCAUGGGCUUCCCAACACCCUUACCUCGAGGUUCGGAGAACGGAGAGUGCUGCGGUCUUUAUGCUUUUGAUCCAGCCACAGAGAAGUGCUGUAAUGGAAAUAUUCAUCAAAUUACAAAUAGUGAUGCAUCCUGCUGUGGGUAUAACCUUCUGACGGACCCUACCAGCCAGAUUUGUUGCGAUGGAUAUCUCCAUGAACGAUACGGUGGUCGAGAUGAGUGCGAUGGUUUUACUGCUUUUAACCCGGCUACCGAGACCGUGUGUGAAGGAUGGGUAUUUGCCAUAGCAGACGGAGAAUGCUGUAAUGACCAAGCUUAUGAUGGCACCGACCAGAUCUGCUGCAAUGGAGUCAUACAUACCCGAGCAAGUGAUAGGACAGAAUGUUGCGGUACCCAGACCUAUGAGUCAGAUGACCUUACCAGCGUAUGUUGCAAUGGAUACCUCAGCCAAGGACAAGCUGGACUUCAAUGCUGUGGUGAUAUGACGUACGAUCCUCGCACAGAGAGCUGUUGUAUGAAUGACCUCUUCCCCUUUACCCAGUCCAGAAUGGCAGAACAUGCUAUAUCUUGUUGUGAUGCUGAUACGUAUCAGAGCUCCCAACAUACGUGCUGUGGUGGCGUCGAGCACAAGUUUGUCGCUGAUGGCGAAUGCUGCGGCAUUGACAUUGUGAGGAACCCGGACGAGGAGAUCUGCUGCGGAGGUAUGGUCUGGCCAAAUCUCCAGGGACACCACAUCGAAUGCUGUGGUGGUGAACUGAUCGACACUCACUACCAGACAUGCUGUAACGGUAUCCCCCUCCUCCAAGGAGACCCCAACGAAUGCUGCGGUGGUAACGUCAUCAAUACCUACAUCGAGACUUGUUGUGGCGGGGAGGUACACAUGCAAAACGAUGAUUUUGGAUGCUGCGGUGGAGUGUCGUUUUCCUCUUCAGAACAAGACUGUUGCGGUUCCAAGAUUUUCAAUGUUACAAUAGAGAUGUGCUCUGAUUCUGAUACCAUCACACCACUUGUUACAGAAUACAUCAUACCUGAUGCAGGAGAAGAGGAGGUCAACAACGGGGUAGAUAUCCGUUUACUGUGUGACGAGCAGGAGUACGACGCGUUGACACAGACCUGCUGUGGUAACUUUGUAUUCGAUCUUCGGGAUGACUUCAUAUGCUGCAAUGGUCGACCAUCGGAUGCGUCCAGUGGCAAGACGUCUUGUUGCGUGGACACUCCGUACAAUCCUACUCGCUUUGACUGCUGUCAAGGAGAGUUGCAUGACAAGGUUAACGGUGCCGAAUGCUGUGGUGCUUCUUACUACCAACCAUCGAAGGAGACUUGCUGUGACGAUUACACUAUCAGCCCUCGAGGAGAGACAUGUCCAAACGAGUCAUCCGCACAAGACCCUCAAUGCCAUUGCAACUUGAAACACAGGAGUGACCGAAUCUCGUCAACUUGUACCGACAUACUUCGACCCAAAGAACGCGUUUUCAUCGCGAUCAUUUCAGACAUCGACAGCCAAGACAAUUCCAUGUCCUACUCUAUAGAAUCAGUUGAUCCUCUUCGUGGGGUUCUACCGGCCACGCUUGAAGAUAGCGAAGGUAUGCUCCAGAUGACGAUACCACGUCUUCGCGGAUGCAGUGCUCAAUCUUUCAGACGUGGUCAAAAGAUUGUCGUUUUCAUGGACGCAGAGGGUGGGCUGACUGAAUCCACACUCCAAAUCACAAGAGGAGACGUCAUCAUGCCUUACAACAGGCGGUUAGUCCGGAAACUCAGCAGUAUCUUAGAAUGAAUUCUCAACAUCUAAAUAUUUCACUUAGUUUCUUUAUAAGAAAAUAAUGAAAUAAAACUAGAGAUCUAAAGCAAAAUUGCUGACAGUAUCUGAGGCUGAACAUCCAAUUCUUCGUGGAUUGUUUUCUGAAUUGUCGUUUGUGAUUUGCUAAUUUGGCUUGGUGCCGAUUAAAACAAUUCUAAUUUAUAUGAAAUAUAUUCGUCAUUCAAUUUGUAUAUUGUAUACAUGUAUUUUGUAAUUCUGAUACUGAUGUGAAUGCAGAAAUAAAUCAAAUCAAAUUUAGUCAGUCAGAUAGAUAAAAGUCUUUGUACUUUCAAUCGAAAUUAAUAAUUCUACACCAUCUUGAAUAUUUCAUGUACAGCUCAAAUUAUGUGGAAUGAAACUCAAGAAUCCAAUUAAAUAUUUGGCACACUGUA